AUGCCUCCUAAAAAGAAGGGAAACAAGAAGGCCAACGACGACUGGGAAGCCGAAGCCUUUGGCGAGACCCCCACCGCCACCGCCGCCGGUGAUGCCCCUGCUGGUGCUGAUGCCCCCGCUGCCGAGGAUGAAGCCCCUGCCGGCGGCCUCAUGGCCCGCAUGAAGAAGAUGAAGGAGAAGCGCAAGCAAAAGGGCAUGAACGAGGACUGGCUCAACGAGGUUGAUACCGCCCCCGAGGGUGCCGCUUCUCCUGCUGCUGCUGCUGAUGAGCACCCUGCUGCUGCCCCUGCCGCUCCUGUCGAGGCGAGCAUGGAGGAUGAGUUUGCUUUGCCUGCUAAGAAGGGCGGGAAGCAACAGAAGGGUGUUACUCAGGUUUCAAAGGCCAAGCAGGCUGCCAUGGCGGCCGAGAAGAAAGAGGAGGAGGAGUUGGCUGAGGGGGGGAGGGUGUUGACCAAGGCUGAGAAGGAGAAACUCAAGAAGGAGAGGGAGAAGCAGAGGAAGAAGGAGCAGGCUGCCAAGAAGAAGGCGACUGCCCCUGCAAAGGCCGAGCCUGCUAAGGCCGAGGAGAAGAAGCCGGAUUCUCCUGCCCCCGCGGCCGCUGCUGUCGCCCCACCUCCCGCUGAGCCUGCCGGUGGCAAGAAGAAGAAGAUUCCUGCUGCGCUUGCUGCUCUUCAGAAGCAACAAGAGGCUCUCCGUCGCGCCCAGGAGGAGAAUGAGAGAAUCGCCGCCGAGGAAAAGGCGAGGAUAGAGGAGGAGGAGCGCCGCGAGGCUGAGGAGGCCAAGAGGAGGGAGGAGGAGAAGGCGAGGAAGAAGCAAAAGGAGAAGGAAAGAAUCGAGCAGCUCAAGAAGGAGGGCAAGUACAUGACCAAGGCUCAAAAGGAGGAGAAGGCCCGUAACGAAAGGAAGCUCCAGCAGAUGUUGGCUUCUGGCAUCAAGGUUGGCGCUCUGGCUGGUGAGGAGGGCGAGGAGAAGAGGGAGAAGAAGCCAAAAGUUGAGAAGAGGAGAGGUGGUGCUAUGCAAAAGAAGCUCGACGAGGAAAAGGCUCUUGCUGAGGCUGCUGAGCGCGCUAGGCUCCAGGCUGAGGCUGCCGCCAAGGAGCAGGCUGAAAAGGAGCGCAUUGCUCGUGAGAAGGCUGAGAAGGAGGCUGCUGAGAAGGCCGCUGCCGCCAAGGCUGCUGCUGAGGACAGCGUUGAUGAGGAUUGGGAGGCCGCCGCCGCGUCGGAUAAGGAAGAGGUCCAGGACAGCUGGGAUGCCGACUCUGAUGAGGAGGGCGAGAAGACUCUGCCUUCGAGGCCGAAGAAGGAUGAAGACGAGUCCGAGUCGGAAGAGGAAGACUCUGACGAGGAAUCCUCCGAGGACGAAGAGACGACAGCCGCCAAGCUUGCCGAGGAAAAGAGAAAGAGAGAGGCUGCCGAGCGCAGAGAAAAGGCUCACCAGGCCGCUCUUGCUGCCCGGUCUGCGGAUAACCUUCGCUCGCCCAUCUGCUGCAUUCUCGGUCACGUCGAUACCGGAAAGACCAAGCUGCUCGACAAGAUCCGUCAGACCAACGUCCAGGAGGGCGAAGCUGGCGGUAUCACGCAGCAGAUUGGUGCUACAUACUUCCCUGCCGAUGCCAUUCGCCAAAAGACUGCCGUCGUCAACCGGGAUGGCAAGUUCGAGCUCAAGGUCCCCGGUCUCCUCAUCAUCGACACACCCGGUCACGAGUCCUUCUCCAACUUGCGUUCCCGUGGUUCGUCUCUGUGCAACAUUGCCAUCUUGGUGGUCGAUAUCAUGCACGGUCUCGAGCCUCAAACCAUCGAGUCGAUGAACUUGCUCAAGGCCAGAAAGACUCCCUUCGUUGUCGCCCUCAACAAGAUCGAUCGUCUCUACGGCUGGAAGAAGAUUGACAACAACGGUUUCCAGGACUCGUUGGCUCUGCAGAGCAAGGCCGUCCAGAACGAGUUCAAGAACCGUCUCGACCAGACCAAGCUUGCUUUCGCCGAGCAGGGUUUCAACUCUGAGGUCUUUUACGAGAACAAGAACAUGUCCAAAUACGUCUCGCUGAUCCCCACCUCGGCCCACACCGGCGAGGGCAUCCCCGACUUGCUCAAGCUCAUUGCUCAGCUUACUCAGGAGAGGAUGGUCGGCUCGCUCAUGUACUUGUCCGAGGUCGAGGCCACCGUUCUCGAGGUCAAGGCUAUCGAGGGUUUUGGUAUGACCAUCGAUGUCAUCCUGUCCAACGGCAUUCUCAGGGAAGGCGAUCGAAUCAUGCUGUGCGGUGUUGAAGGUGUCAUCAAGACGAACAUUAGAGCGCUGCUCACGCCGGCUCCCCUCAAGGAGCUGCGUGUCAAGUCUCAGUACGUCCACAACAAGGAGGUCAAGGCGGCUCUGGGUGUGAAGAUUUCGGCUCCUGGUCUUGAAGGCGCCAUUGCCGGUUCCAGGCUUGUUGUCGUCGGUCCUGAUGAUGACGAGGAUGACCUCGAGGAGGAGGUCGAGGCCGAUCUCGCCUCUCUCUUCAGCCGUGUCGAGAAGACCGGUCGCGGUGUCUCGGUCCAGGCGUCCACCCUUGGUUCCUUGGAAGCCCUGCUUGACUUCCUCAAGGACUGCAAGAUUCCCGUUGCCAACGUUGGCAUCGGCCCGGUCUACAAGCGCGACGUCAUGCAGUGCGGUGUCAUGUUGGAGAAGUCGCCUGAUCUUGCCGUCAUGCUGUGCUUCGACGUCAAGGUCGACAAGGAAGCGCAGCAGUAUGCCGAUGAGCAGGGCAUCAAGAUUUUCACUGCCGACAUUAUCUACCAUCUAUUUGACAACUUCACCAAGCACCAGGCCGAGCAGCUGGAGAAGAAGAAGGAGGAGUCCAAGAUGCUGGCUGUCUUCCCUUGUGUGUUGUCGCCGGUGGCAGUGUUCAACAAGACGAACCCUAUCGUUGUUGGUGUGGAUGUUGUUGAGGGUGCGUUGAGGAUUAACACGCCUAUUGCGGUGAUUAAGCAGAACCCCAACACCGGGUUGAAGGAGGUGAUCAAUAUUGGCAGAGUCACGUCCAUCGAGCGUGAGCAUAAGCAGAUCCCCAUCUGCAAAAAGGGCCAGCCGUCGGUUGCCGUCAAGAUUGAGAUGGGCAGCCACCAGCCGACGUAUGGCAGGCAGCUUGAGGAGAAGGACAUGCUGUACUCUGCCAUUUCGAGAGCGAGCAUCAACUGCCUCAAGGAGUUUUACCGGGCGGAUAUGACGAAUGAUGACUGGCAAUUGAUUAUCAAGCUGAAGCCCAUGUUUGACAUUGCUUAAUGGGUUAGGGAAUGGAAAACGGGAUGGGGGGAAGGGAACAGGGUGUGAUAUGGUUUUUGGCACACAAAAAUGGACGGGGGGAUGUUAUUUUGUGUUGUUGUCACUACCAGUUGGUAUUUAGUAUACAC